UCAGCAACAUGAGUAAAACAAUUGGAAUGUGGAGCUUGAGCCUAUUGCUGCUGGCAGGAACUAUCAUCAAAUCAAAUGCGCAGAUAGAAAUAUAUGAAAGCACAGAAACCAUUACCGACACCGAGACGACCACUGAAGCCUUAUUAGGUCCUAUUGGACUAGUUGCGGACAACUUUGCUAGCAUGGCCGUGGAUGCGGGGGCUAUAGGCACCACACAGCUGGAGGAAGCUGUCCAGCGUUUGCUGUCUGAGCUGCAGCGAAAUAUAGUAAACAUAAAUUCCUUGGGUAUGGCACAGCUGAAUCAACAAAUCGAUCAGACCAAUCAGGUGUUCUUGGGUAAUCCUGACUGUAAUCCUGCCUGGAAUGUAAUAGACUUUACCGAGGAUGUAUCGCGACAGCUGAACGUUUGUACUGCACCACUAGAUAACUCUAUUUUACUGCUGCGUGAUAACGGGCGCAGCAUGUUGAACACAGCACAGAGUUUUGUGGAACAAAUUUCACAGUUGCCUGCACUGUGUCAAGGAUCAGAUAUGUCACCAUUGAACUUUGCUUUUAUGGGCGGCAGUAACUGCAUCUUGGAAGGCAUGAGCAGGCUCAAUCAGGGCCUGGCUCAGGCUAUGCAUAAUGUUAGUCUCUUAGUGUCACGUAUACGUCAUGUGGCGCAGCAGCAAUUAAGCCAAGCCGAGCAGUGCAGCGAACUUGUAGUUACCCAAAUGAGUAACGCUCUUUAUAGCCAGCGUGUAAAUUGUUUUUAAAUAAAUGACUCGGCAACAAAAA